GAUUGCUCCGUUUUUGGCAUUUAACGAUCACCCCCUCAGGCAAAUCUGCGGAGAUUAAACCAAAUGCAACCAAUGUUCUUCUCGUUUUGCUCAGUGAAAAUUUUUUUUUUGCUUCACUUAACGCUCCUUAUUCUUGUUGGGUUUCAUAGUAUGCAGAAUCAAGUUUCGGAAGGAAAAGUAUCUUCUUCGUCAGCGGAAGAAACAACAGAAAAUGAAGAUCAUAACCAACACACAACUUAUUUCUUAUUGGAUAUACAAGAACCAGAACAACAGGAUGAAACUGAAGCAUCGAUCACUACACAACAACAACAACAACAACAAAAGAAGAAAAACAAGCGUCGAUCGAGUCAUAGCGAUGCAAGUACUAGACGUUCCAGUUCCUCUAGUUCUUCAACAAGUUCAAGUGUCUCAGCUCAAGUUGUCAUUGACCACGGUCAUCUUCGCCAACCUCAUCAAUCUCAUCAUGCUUCUUUUUCCCAUCGACUAGAUAAACAUGCUAAUCAUUUGUUUCGGUCAGGAGACGAUGAAUCAGAAAGUGAUUAUGCGUAUAGUUUUUUACAUCAUAUACCACCUACCAACGAUCAGGAACAAAACCCACAGUCAUCUAAUCUAAUAUAUCAUGAAUCAUCUACAGCAUCAGUAUUCUAUCACGACGAUGAUGAUGAUGAUAUGAGUAAGAAAAGUAGUGAUCCAAGUCCAUCAUCUGAAAAACCAAUAUUGGACAAUGCCACACAACAGCAACAAUCAGCAAAGAAAUAUAAUAAUUACACAUCUGACAAAAUUCUGAAAAAUGAUGAGAAUGAUGAUGAUUUUAUGCAUCGUACAAAUCCACAUAACUAUUACAAUGAUAAUUGCACCGAUGAGACUGAAAAAGGCAAUAAUGGUACUACUCUGGAUGGUCAUAUGUUUCGAAAAAGUAUGGAUGAUGAAGACGAUCAUGCUAUUGCUGAUGACGAAAGUGAAAAUGGUAGCGGUAUGAAAGGGAAUCAUAUGGAUAACGGUUCAAAUAACAAAAGGUACCAACAAAGAAGAAAGAAACUACAUCGAAGGAAUCUAAUAAAACAACCAGCAGAAUCACAUCAUCUACAGCCAUCAAAUGAUAAUUGUUCAUCACCAUUAAAUUCAUCUUGUUCUACUCCUAAACAGUCAUUGCAUUAUUCUCGGAAAUUGAACAAGCGCGCUCAACGCAUCUUGGAAGCAAAUUUACAUUCUCAUUCUUGGAGUCGUCGUGAAAGCUUGCAACCAUGCAAUUAUCCAGCUGUCGGUCUUUCAAGUGAUGAAGCUCUUCAAAAAUUACUCUCUAUUGCUCAACAGAUUUUGGAUGAAGAACGAGGAAGAAUACAGAAAAAAAUAGAUAUUAGGGAUUGGCUCUAUCGACCAGAAAAUAUUUUCAGCUUUGUAUGUGCUAUGGCUUGUUUGGCUUAUUACAUUGCUGGUUACCUGAAAAGUGAUCCAUAUCAGUAUAGAAUCACUGGUGCAUUAAUAGAGACAAUCCUAAUCUUGCUGAUGACUAUUUGGAACGGCUUCUUAUACUAUCGGGAACAGACAUUGACUUGCUACGAGAUGACAGAUAGGGCAACUACUAUUAUGGAAGCUUUAAAACGUAGUGGUAUGAACAUGGUUCAGGACAUCAAAAUUCCAUUUAUCCCUUCAAUGACAGUAGCCAAAGUCGUACGUGAUGGAGUAGUACGAAUAUUUCCUGUGAAUUUAUUAGUGGAGGGCGAUAUAGUGGAAAUGAUUUAUGGUGAUGUAGCUCCUGGAAGAAUGAAAUACAUUCAUCAACAACGUUACCGUCCAUACGAAAAAGAAAUAAAACCAUCUUCCCAAGAUAAUAAUAAUAAUAAUAAUAAUAAUAAUAGUAAUAACAAUAAUAAACCUAAGGGCGAUGACGAUACGAAAGAAGAAUCAAAUCUUAAUCAUGAAACUAACAACAACAACAACAACAACAACAACAACAAUGAUGGAUCACCUCUAAACCAACGAGAAUACUAUUUGGCUGAAAAUCAAGCAUUCAAACCUUCCUUUUUUGGAAUACCACCACCUUCUGGUCUCAUGGAAGAAUACCUGGGCUGUCGAGGACGUUAUCAAUUUACAUUAUUGGAAACACCAUUGGAAGAACAUAUGCGAACUGCACUAUCACAGACUCGGCCUAAAACAGUGAUUAUGAAUGAAGCCCGUGUACUUUUCCGAAUACUUUAUGGUCAUCUGAUAUGGUAUGUGCUAGGAAUAUCACUGGUCAUUAAUUUACUGGUUUUUGGAUUGAAGGAAUAUCGUGGUCAUGAUAUUGGUCUAGAGCAAUUGGUUGAACAAGUCUUUUGGUUACCAUUCUUAGCUGUUCUUCCUCUAUUACCAUUAUGUGUACCCAGUCUUUGGUUGAUUGCACGUAGUUUCGGCAAUGCUCAAUUAUUGAUCUUAUUUGAAGCUUUACAAAUAUCAAAAACGGAAUAUGAAGAUGAUGAUGAAGUAGAUGAAUUUGAUACGGAAGCUCCUCCACCGACCAAAGAUCUUGAACUUAGUCCAAAUGCUGUGUGGGAUCGAUUUUGCUCUUUACUGAAUAGAUGGGAUCGAUUAUCUUUAACAAGAUCUACCAAUCUUCUAGAAUCACUAGGCAGUACAACAGUAAUAUGUUGCUUGGAUAGAGAGGGCACUAUCGCCAAUCCUUUUCCUACGGCUGAACAACUGAUGUUCCCUAAUAAUGAAGAAGAUACUAGCUACUUGGAUUUGGAAGAAGAUUCGGAUGAACCUUUUGGAUAUACAUUUGAAGAUGAAGAUUGGGAAUCAUAUUUACCUCAAUUGAAACCUGUGGGACUUAAUUUUAUGCUCAAUACAAAUUGUGGGGUAGUACAAGGAAGGAAAAGGACGGAUUAUCAUCGAAAAAGAUCAAAACUACAAGUUUAUGGCCGUACAGCUGCUGCUCGACAAGCUUGUAUAUGUAGGCUUGGGAAAUGCAUUGGUUUUAGAGAAAAUAGUUUGCAAUCAUUUGCAUUACGUGCAGAGAUAUAUACUUUUGCUCCUUAUCAUGAUAUUUUGAUGACACCCAGAUAUCAAUUCAGCCAAUAUUACGAGUUUGAAGUACCCAAUGCUUUAUCCACCGUCUUUGAAGAACGUAGCUCUGGAAGCUAUCAAUUAUUGACGGAUGGUCAUCCUGCUCUUGUUCUUGAUAAAUGUUCUGAUUACUGGGAUGGAACAUCUUUACAAACCAUGUCCAGCAAGAUGGAAAAAAAGAUACAUGAUUUUUUUCAAAAUGCCGAAAUCCAUGAUAUGCAAUGUAUCGCCUAUGCUUAUCGACCAAUCAAUACUAGUAAUGGUGGACGUAUUCCUUUCUUAAAUCCUUCAGAUGAUGAGAAUGAAGAUCCAGGAUGUGCUUUUGUUGUUCUACCUUAUAAACCACCUAGUAAUGAUUCCAGUAGUUCUGAUUCCAGCAGCAGUAGUAGUGAUAUGUCUUCAUCAGCAUCCAUUGAUCAUUCUGAAGAUUUUACUACGACAAAGAAAGUUCAUCAAGGAAAGACUUCGCCAUCAUCACCCAAAAAUCAUCGGUCACGCAAAACUUCCAAUAACAAUAACAACAUCAUUCACCAUCCAUCACAUACCGUUGACAACCAUGAUAGCAGCAGUCAAUCCAGUAUGAACAAUGAUUCCCUCAGUGAAACUGAUUAUUCCUUUGAGGAUGAUGAACCAGUGGACGAACAAGAAGAGGAAACUUUUUACAAGGAAGUAGUAAAAGGACAAAUAUUUUUGGGCAUGGCAGCCAUGUGUCAUCAACCUAAACAGAACGUUGUUGAUUUUAUCGAGGAUUUAGGACUAGCUGGUAUUCGAUUUGUUUAUUUCUCACACACUGCUGAAAGAGAAUCUAAAGCAUUUGCGGAACGUUUAGGCUUGGAGACGGAUUGGAAUAGUUGCAUCUUACUUUCAAAUCCUGAUGAUGAACAUUGUGGAAAUGGAUACAUCCAAACGCAUGAUAUCAAGGCACAGCUCCCUCGGGGUAUUGAUCAAAUACGACCUCAUCUUGAAAAUGUGGAUGAUAUUCCUCUUCAUGUUUCCUUGUUUGCUGAAUGUGCUCCACCUGCUAUCAAAGAGAUGAUCCGUAUCUUCCAGGAAAAUGGAGAAGUAGUAUGUUGUAUUGGAAAUGCACUCAAUAUCAAAAAUACUGAAUCAUUUGCACUGGCUGAUAUCAGUAUUGGUAUGGAACCUAUGCAUACAAGGGCUCAGAGUCGCGGCAGGUUAUCUCUUAAUGGACGACAACCACCAUUAGCAGUUGGUGCCUCUUUAGUAAGCCUACCAUGUGGUUUAUUUAUGCAAUAUGAAACUAGUCUUUAUGCUGUUACUCAACUCAUUCGUGAUGCUCGUCGUUUACUCACAUGUGUCAGAACUGGAUUCGUAUUUUAUCUCGGGACAUGUAUGGCAUUAACAUGUUUGCAGAUGAUAUCCUUUUGUACGGUAUUGCCGCCUAUUUUAACAGGAUAUCAGAUUUUAUGGGUAUUAUGGAUUAUUCUACCUAUUUUGACACUGUCCAUGCUAUUUACCCCUCUGGAUGAUAAUAUUAUGUUAUUGAUGCCUGGCAAAAACAUUGACCAUCUUACUGACAUGAAACGAUUCUUUUUCUAUUUUGUACUUCGAUUUAUUCUAUUGUUUGUAAUUUGUCUUGCCAUUUUCAUCAUGUCACUUGUAUAUGGCAUGAAUGCCCCAGCAAGUCAAAUAUUUGGAUUGUUUGGUACACAAGGUUGGUUACAUUGGACGAACGAACAACAAUGGGCCGUUAUAUUGGCACAGAAUUUCAUGUUGAUUAUAUUUGUUUGGUGUAUUGCUUGGAUGUCAGCCACUUUUCUGCAUCGAACGUACUCUUUAAGAGAAUUUAUUCCUUUCAGAAACAAAGUAUGGAUUGGAGCUUUUGUCAUGACAAUCAUAUUACAAUUCUGUUUUUGUGCGGUAUCUUUAGCCCAUUGUCCUAUCAAGUUGGACACAAUUCCUUGGUAUGUUUACUUUAUUGGCUUUAUUUCUCCUGUUAUUUUAGUUCCCACACAAGAAUUGGUCAAACUACAUGAUGAAAAAGAAUUCAUUAGGUUCCAAAAACGAUCUAAACUAGAAUUUAGCACAAAGCUUGGUAUGCAUUCUCCACUUUAGAAAAAAAAUAAUAAAAAUAAAAAUAAAAAGAGUAUACUUGUAAACGG